AGAGCCCUUAACGCAACAAAAUAUCAGAGUCGCUGCCAAAAUGCUCGUGUUAUUUGAGACCGCUGCUGGAUAUGCGAUAUUCAAGGUCCUUGAUGAAUCCAAGCUGCAACAGGUGGACAACCUGUAUAAGGAGUUUGAAACGCCUGAAAAGGCAAACACAAUUGUGAAGCUGAAGCACUUUGAGAAGUUUCUGGACACAACAGAGGCCUUAGCAGCUGCCACUGCUCUUGUUGAGGGAAAAAUUGGCAAAAGUUUGAAGAAAGUGCUGAAGAAGGUAGUUGCCAAGGAACCUCAUGAGCAGCUGGCAAUUAGUGAUGCAAAACUCGGUGGAGUUGUAAAAGACAAGCUGGAUGUGAGCUGUGUCCACAGCCCUGCUGUGGCUGAACUAAUGAGAUGCAUCAGGAGCCAAAUGGAAAGUCUCAUCACUGGACUUCCUCCCAGGGAGAUGAGUGCCAUGUCCCUGGGGUUGGCUCACAGUUUAUCUCGCUACAAGCUGAAGUUCAGUCCAGACAAAGUGGACACUAUGAUUGUGCAGGCUAUUUCUCUUCUAGAUGACCUGGAUAAGGAGCUAAACAACUACAUAAUGCGCUGCAGAGAGUGGUAUGGUUGGCACUUCCCUGAGCUCGGAAAAGUCAUCACCGACAACUUGGCUUACUGUAAAACUGUCUGCAAAAUUGGUGAUCGCACAAACGUCGCCGCCUCUGAUCUGUCUGACAUCCUUCCUGAGGAGACGGAGGCUGAGGUUAAACUGGCUGCUGAGAUCUCCAUGGGAACAGAAGUGUCAGAACAGGACAUCAACAACAUUAAGCACCUGUGUGAUCAGGUGAUUGAGAUCUCAGAAUACCGUGCUCAACUCUAUGACUACCUGAAGAACCGAAUGAUGGCAAUUGCCCCUAACCUGACAGUAAUGGUGGGCGAGCUGGUCGGUGCCCGUCUCAUCGCACAUGCUGGUUCUCUCCUGAACCUGGCGAAGCAUCCGGCCUCCACAGUGCAGAUCCUCGGGGCAGAGAAGGCACUGUUCAGAGCCCUAAAGACCCACAAAGACACACCCAAGUAUGGUCUCAUCUACCACGCCUCUCUAGUGGGCCAGACCACUGCCAAGAACAAAGGCAAAAUCUCCAGAAUGCUGGCAGCUAAAGCAGCCCUGGCUAUUCGCUAUGAUGCUCUGGGAGAGGACACAAAUGCAGAAAUGGGAGCAGAGAACCGUGCCAAGUUGGAGGCCAGGCUGCACCAGCUGGAGGAGAAGGGUAUCCGCAGAAUCAGUGGAACAGGCAAAGCAAUGGCAAAGGCAGACAAAUACAAGCACAAGAGUGAAGUGAGAAUUUAUGAUCCAUCCGGCGAUUCUACAAUUCCCUUCACCUCAAAGAAGAGGAAGUUCGAAGAGGUCGAAAAGGAGGAGGAGGAGACUGAAGAACCUGUGACGCCUGUGGUCACAUCCAAAAGACCCAAAAAGGAACAAGCCGUAGAAGAAGCAGAAACAGCAGCAGCAGAGGAGGCUCCUAAGAAAAAGAAGAAGAAAAAGAAAGACAAGAAAGUGGAGGCUGAACCUGAGGAACCAAAGGAGGAUGAAGAGGAGGUAGCUGUAACAGACCCAGAAAAGAAGAAAAAGAAGAAGAAAAAGAAGAUAGAGGAAGAAGAUGACUAAAAGGAGUGGACACAGUAUAUAUUUUAUUUUUGACAGUUUUUAUGUUUUUUAUUUGUGAACACAUCAAUUUCAGACAUUCAAAGGAAUGAGUUCAUAAGUUUCCCUUUUUUUUUUUGACAAAUAUGUGAACAACUGCACUGGUGAAAUACUUUUUUUUCUGUAAUUGUGUGAUUUGGUUGUAUACAUUGCAGCAGAAUGAAUAUAAAAAUGGUAAUUUUCAAUUCGAAAAUGCCAUUUGGAUGACAAUUUAAGUUAAAAUUCUUGUUAACACAUUGCUUUUUGCUGCAUUUGAAGAAAAAUUUGUUAAGUAAUAAAAGUUUUAUGUGGUUCCCCAGUACACAUUAA